GGCGGCCGUCGAGGGGGGCGGCCGGGCGCACCGCGACCCGCCAGUGCCACGGGAGAAAAUGACAUCGCGGAGAUGGUUUCAUCCAAAUAUUACUGGGGUGGAGGCAGAAAACCUGCUGUUAACAAGAGGAGUGGAUGGCAGUUUUUUGGCACGGCCCAGCAAAAGUAAUCCGGGAGACUUUACGCUCUCUGUUAGACGAACUGGAGCUGUCACCCACAUCAAGAUCCAGAACACAGGAGACUACUAUGACCUCUAUGGAGGAGAGAAGUUUGCUACGUUGGCUGAGUUAGUCCAGUAUUAUAUGGAACAUCAUGGACAGCUCAAGGAAAAGAAUGGAGAUGUUAUAGAGCUGAAAUAUCCGCUAAACUGUGCUGAUCCUACAUCUGAAAGGUGGUUUCAUGGGCAUCUCUCUGGAAGAGAAGCUGAAAAACUAUUAACAGAAAAAGGAAAACAUGGAAGCUUUCUUGUGCGUGAGAGUCAAAGCCACCCUGGGGACUUUGUUCUUUCUGUCCGGACAGGAGAUGAUAAAGGAGAGAGUAAUGAUGGGAAAUCUAAAGUGACACAUGUCAUGAUUCACUGCCAGGAUCUAAAAUACGAUGUUGGUGGAGGGGAGAAAUUUGACUCUCUGACAGAUCUAGUGGAACAUUACAAGAAGAACCCUAUGGUAGAAACUUUGGGCACAGUAUUGCAACUCAAGCAGCCUCUGAAUACUACCCGUAUUAAUGCUGCAGAGAUUGAAAGCAGAGUGCGAGAGCUAAGCAAGCUAGCAGAGACUACAGAUAAAGUCAAGCAGGGCUUCUGGGAAGAAUUUGAGACUUUACAGCAGCAAGAAUGCAAACUUCUCUAUAGUCGUAAAGAAGGUCAGCGUCAAGAAAACAAAAACAAAAAUAGAUACAAAAACAUUUUACCCUUUGAUCAUACCAGAGUUGUUCUACAUGAUGGUGAUCCAAAUGAACCUGUUUCAGACUAUAUCAAUGCUAAUAUUAUUAUGCCUGAGUUUGAAACCAAGUGCAACAACUCAAAGCCAAAAAAAAGCUACAUUGCUACUCAAGGUUGCCUACAGAAUACAGUGAAUGAUUUUUGGAGGAUGGUGUUCCAGGAGAAUUCUCGAGUUAUUGUUAUGACAACAAAAGAAGUUGAAAGAGGAAAGAGUAAGUGUGUCAAGUACUGGCCUGAUGAAUAUUCCCUAAAGGAGUACGGUGUUAUGCGUGUUAGGAAUGUUAAGGAGAGUGCAGCACACGAUUACACACUAAGAGAACUUAAGCUUUCUAAAGUUGGGCAAGGGAACACAGAGAGAACAGUCUGGCAAUACCACUUCAGAACUUGGCCUGAUCAUGGAGUCCCAAGUGACCCUGGUGGUGUACUAGACUUUCUAGAGGAGGUGCACCAUAAGCAGGAGAGCAUUUCUGAUGCGGGACCAGUUGUGGUCCACUGCAGUGCUGGGAUUGGGCGAACAGGAACUUUCAUUGUGAUUGAUAUUCUUAUUGACAUAAUCAGAGAAAAAGGUGUGGACUGUGAUAUUGACGUUCCAAAGACCAUUCAGAUGGUGAGAUCACAACGGUCAGGAAUGGUUCAGACAGAAGCACAGUACAGAUUUAUUUACAUGGCAGUACAGCACUACAUUGAAACGCUACAGCGCAGAAUUGAAGAGGAGCAGAAGAGUAAGAGAAAAGGUCACGAAUACACAAACAUUAAAUAUUCUUUAUCGGACCAGACAAGUGGGGAUCAGAGCCCUCUUCCACCCUGUACCCCAACCCCAACAUGUCCAGAAAUGAGAGAAGAUAGUGCUAGAGUAUAUGAAAAUGUGGGGCUGAUGCAACAGCAGAAAAGUUUCAGAUGAGAUGUACAGAGACUUCCAUGCAAAGGCAGAAAUGAAUAUGGUUUUUAAAAAGGUCAAGAAAGAGAUGGAAGAAGCUUCACACGAACGGUGAACUCUGAAGGCUUGGUACCUUUUUAUUUACAGUUUUAAUCCUUCAAUAGUAGGCAAAACUUAAGACCAUCUAAAGAUUGUUUAUAUCUCUUCUCUCCAAUACGUGAUUUACAAUUGCUCAUUUUCCAAAUAAAAGGAAAUCCUUUCUACAAUGUAGACAACUACUUUGUAGAGUCAGUUUUGAAUCCUGCAAACUGUUGGACUGUCAUCCAUUUGUUUUUUAAAUAGUAUUUUUGUUUCACAGUAUGGCUAUUAGUUGGGGUUUUUUCCUUAUUUGAGCAGUU